AUGCAGCGGGCUGUUGACCUCUAUCUUGCAGACCAGCAGCGGCCGCUUGCGCCCAAAGAGCGACGCAAAGGGACGCGAUACUUCUGUGAAAUCGUCGAGGAAGAGUUUCGGGCAGAGUACAAAAGAUCCAUUCACCUUUCUCACAUGACUUGCAGCCGUUGGGCGGAGGGAAAACGCAGCCGGGCAAAUGCCAAUGCUGCCCGAUCCUGGUUACUUCCAGAGGAGGCGGAGACUGUUCUGCAGUAUGUUGAGGAGAUGUCGAUCAGAGGCUUGCCCCUUGAUCACGAAGGUCUUCGGGAGGUUGUUGAGGGUAUCUUGAGGGCCCGAUUACACCUCAGUUACCACCGCCAUCACCCGGUUGCACCCCUGCGGGGGUCCUACUGGGUACCCUCAGAUGUAGCUCUGAGGGUACCCAACAGGUACCCCCCUGCGGGCCCCGCAGGGGGGAUUUGGUCCAUUUGGGGCAGGGGCAUAUGCGGGGAUCAGCAGGGGGGGUGCAGGGGGGGGGGGGGGGGGUCUGUACAUAUCAUGUGA